AUGAUUAAUACAAACUAAGGAUAAAAAAGUAGCUUUUUUAUGCUGACUGACUUGUUCGGUACAGCUGUAAGCAUUAGAUAUAAUAAAAAAGAAAGCUUCAAUACUAGAUUAGGUGGAAUUGUUAGCUUAUGUCUUGGAAUUAUAUUGUUAUUGUAUGUUGCCAAUAUACUUUAAAUUUAUAUAUCGCAUUCAUAGGUCUAGGUUAUAUAGGAGCUGAAAAAUAUUUAAAAUUUGAGUUCUUUCAACUUAACAGUUGAUAACUUUUCUUUUAUGGUAGGUGUAACUGAUAUAUACUACAAUACUUUUAUUGAUAACUCCAUUUAUACUCUACAAGCUACUUAGAUUAUUUAAAUAAGAGAACUUAAUUAAACAACAGGAUUAUAUCAAUAAAGCAUUAAGAUGAUUCCUAUUGAGCUUGAAUAAUGUACUAAAGAUCAUUUUCGUAUUGAUGGCACACAGGAUUAUUUUACAAAAUAGAUCUAUAAUAAUAUGUUCUGCUUCAAAAUGGAUUAAGUCAUUUAGUUAGAAGGUGACUAUAACUCCCUAUCAUUUAAGGAAUUGUAAAUAGAAAUGUUUGAAUGCUAAGGAAGCACUUGCAAAAGUCCUGAUCAAGUAAAAAGGAGGUUAAAUAACUGUUAUCUGCAGGUUUAUUUCACAGAUAAGAAUAUCAUCUCUACAAAUCUUUAAAACCCUAUUUAAAACUUUGCAAAAUCUAAUUUUUAUAUUGCAGGAAAUGAUUUUUCUAAAACAAUAAAUUUGUAUAUGCUUUAAAAUUUGAUUUCUUCAGAAGUUGGAGUAUUAUUUGAUGAUAUAAAAAAUAGACUAGAAAUUACUUACAGCGGAGAUAGAGAAUCAGUCGUUUCUAGGACUACCAAUCGAAUCUUCCUUUUACAAAUGACACUGUAGCCAAGCAAGUAAAUGAAUUAUUACAGAAAGUACCUUUCUUUAUCACAAGUUCUUUCAUAAAUAGGAGGUAUCUAUAAUAUUUUGUUUGCUAUAGGAUGCUUUGUAUGCAGACCUUAUGCUUAACUAUAGUAUAAAAAGAAUUUAAUUAAUACUGUUUUCGGUUUUUAGUAUAUCAAUAAUGAUUAGUAAAUAUAACAAAAUUAAUUUAGCUGUAUUGAAAAGGAAAAUGACCAAAAGGUAUAAAAAUUAUUUUAAACUAAUAUAAAUAACUCUUAAAUAGAACAUGACAAGUCUAUUUAGUCAAUCAACUUAAAAAACAAAGCAUAAUCAUAACUUUAAUCAGAGAGCAAUAAUCUUGUGAAUAGUAACAAGAAUAUAAUAACUAACUCUAAGAAUAGCUAAAAUUGUAGCAAAAUAAACAAAAAACUAAACAAAUUUUAAAUAUCAUAAUGCUAAGACUAUUAGAGCAAUACAUUUGAAGUAGAAAAAAAUAAUAAGUAAACAGAAAACGCUAAAAAUGAAAUUGUUUUGAAAGAUUUUUUUAAAUAGACAUUUGAUGAGCUGAAAUUAAAUACAUGUGACUAUUUCAAGUAUUAUUUAAGCUGGUUUAUCUGUAAAAGAAAAAAUAAGUCUUAAAUUAUAGACUAUAGUCUUUAGAAGUUGUACAAUCAUUUAGAUAUUUAUUAUAUUAUGAACAAAUUAAUAGAAUUUGAAAAAUUAAAAAGACUUUUGCUAACUGAAAAUUAAUUAAAGCUUUUUGAUUACAUUCCAAAACCCAUCUUUAAUAUUGAUAAUGAAAACCAGCUAAUUAUUUAAAAUGACUAGGAUGAAUCAAAUACAGGUAUAUUAUAUGAAGAUAAUAGAUCACUGCUUAAAAAAGCUGAAGAAGCUUAAGAAGCGUAUAAUAACUUAAUGAGCAAUCCUCAUAGAUAACUUUUAGAUGAAAAGCUAAUUAGCUUUUUACAUCCAAAACUUGUGUGCCUUUUAAAUGAAAAUUCUUUUGAUAAACUAUUAAUUAAUUAAGAAAAUCUAAGUAAGUUGAAACUCAGAAAAAGUUUGUUUACUCCUUUAGGAAAAUUUAAAACAAAUACUAAUGUUAAUUCAGCUUCUAGAAUUGAUUUUAUAUAAAAUAAUCGAAUGUUCUCAGAUAAUUUAGUUUAGAGUUGUGAAAAAAGCAGUUAUAUAGAUAAUGAAGUUGUAUUUGAAGACAAUAAGAUUUUCGAUAUUGAUUUUGAUUUAGAUAAAAAUAAAUUAGACGAAUAUCAAUCCAAUUUUAAUACAAUCUCUAUGAUAAAUUAGUAAUAAAAAAAAUUUAUAAAUAAAAACGAAGUCUAAAAUGAAUGA